GCAAGUUUCCAUUGUGCCCAUUCCUACAUUUCCGUGCAUGUCCGCACAUUGAUUCCAUUAACAUCAGAUAUUUUCACUCAAAUUCCUCACCUUUUACUUCUUCUGAGGAUUUUUAUUUACUGAAUUCUCUGUAACCAAACACACCUUUUUUUCUCCAUGAAAUUCUAUGUUCUGUUCAUGUGUCUGUGUUCUUCAAGGUAGUUUCGACAAACCAAGAUUUUCGCGGAAAAUUCAUUCCCUGGGAGUCUGAAUUUUCCUCUCUUGAGAAAAUUCUGGGAAUUUUCGUUUUUCCCUUUUUCAGUGAGGUGGCGAAGAACCCGGAUUUUGCCGCGUAUUCGUUUCCUGAAUUUUUGCUUAAUUCCUCACUUUACUUCUUAGGUGUUUCAGUUUCCGUUUCCAAUUCUCAGCAACCAAGCGCUUCUAUUUUCGAUCAGUAGCAGCUGGCACUGAGAGCAAGGAGCUUCAGAUUCCAAACAUUAUCCGGAUUUGGAACUUCUCUGGAUUCUGCGAUCUUCUCAGCCAUAAUUGUGGUUUUUGAAACCAUAGAGAUUCUCACAUGGAUCUGGCAACUGGGAAAUGACCUUUUUUGCCCUCCUUAAUUUUCCCAAUGGCCAAACACCCGCUUUCCUUCCUCCAUUUCUUGCUUUGCUGCUGCUUUUUCUCUACCCUUUUAUCACCUUCCCUAUCCUCAGUCGAAGUUGAAGCCCUCCUUCAGUUCAAGAAACAGCUCAAAGACCCCUUACAUCGUUUGGACUCCUGGAAAGAUUCAGAUUCUCCUUGUAAAUUUUUCGGGGUCUCAUGUGAUCCAAUCACUGGACUAGUAAACGAACUCUCACUCGACAAUCAGUCUCUGUCGGGUGAGAUCUCUUCGUCGCUAUCUGCACUCCGAAGCCUCACACAUCUUGUACUUCCUUCAAAUUCGCUUUCUGGAUAUCUUCCUUCGGAAUUAAACAAAUGCAGCAAUCUUCAGGUGUUGAAUGUGACUUGCAAUAAUUUAAUCGGAACAGUUCCCGAUCUUUCAGAGUUGAGCAACUUACGGACUCUGGAUUUGUCGAUAAACUACUUUUCUGGUCCAUUCCCGUCUUGGGUGACAAAUUUGACUGGUUUGGUUUCUCUGUCCCUUGGGGAAAACCAUUAUGAUGAGGGUGAAAUUCCUGAGAGUAUUGGAAAUUUGAAGAAUUUGAGUUAUAUCUUUUUUGCACAUUCCCAGUUGAGGGGUGAGAUUCCAGAAUCGUUUUUUGAAAUUACAGCAAUGGAAUCGUUGGAUUUUUCUGGCAACAACAUCUCAGGGAACUUCCCCAAGUCCAUUGCCAAGUUACAGAAACUUUACAAGAUUGAGCUCUUUGAUAACCAGCUCACUGGAGAGAUCCCACCAGAGCUUGCAAACCUCACCCUUUUGCAGGAAAUUGAUAUUUCUGAGAACCAGUUGUAUGGAAAAUUGCCUGAAGAGAUUGGUCAGCUGAAGAAGUUGGUGGUAUUUGAAUCAUAUGACAACAACUUCUCUGGAGAAAUCCCCGCAGCGUUUGGGGACUUGAGUAAUCUCACAGGGUUUUCCAUCUAUAGGAACAAUUUUUCAGGAGAAUUUCCAGCAAAUUUUGGCCGAUUCUCUCCGCUGAACAGUUUUGACAUAUCUGAGAAUCAGUUUUCGGGUGCUUUCCCAGAGUACUUGUGUGAAAAUGGGAGAUUGCUGUACUUGCUUGCUCUGGGAAACCGAUUUUCUGGGGAGUUCCCAGAUUCUUAUGCCAAGUGUAAAUCUCUCCAGAGGUUGAGGAUAAAUGAGAAUCAGCUCUCCGGGGAAAUCCCAAAUGGGAUAUGGGCACUGCCUAAUGUACAAAUGAUUGAUUUUGGUGAUAAUGGGUUCAGUGGAAGCAUAUCUCCAGACAUUGGGACUGCCAGCAGCUUGAAUCAGUUAAUUUUGGCGAAUAAUAGGUUUUCGGGUAAGCUUCCAUCUGAACUUGGCAGCCUUGCAAACUUAGGGAAGCUCUAUUUGAAUGGCAAUGAGUUCUCUGGAAAAAUUCCUUCUGAAUUAGGUGCUUUAAAGCAGUUAUCGUCUUUGCAUCUUGAAGAAAAUUCGCUCACAGGAUCAAUCCCGGCAGAACUGGGCAAAUGUGCUAGGCUGGUGGACUUGAAUCUUGCUUGGAAUUCUCUCAGCGGUAAUAUCCCUGACUCUUUUUCACUGCUGACCUACUUGAACUCUCUGAAUCUCUCUGGGAAUAAGCUUACAGGUUCACUUCCUGUCAAUUUGCGAAAAUUGAAGCUAAGUUCUAUAGAUUUGUCUAGGAACCAGCUAUCUGGAAUGGUUUCAUCGGAUCUUUUGCAAAUGGGUGGAGACCAAGCGUUUCUUGGGAACAAGGGGCUCUGUGUUGAGCAAAGUUCCAAAAUCCAAUUGCAUUCGGGAUUGGACGUUUGCACUGGAAACAAUGAUCCGAAAAGGGUUGCCAAAGAAAAGCUGUUUUUGUUUUGCAUCAUCGCCUCGGCCUUGGUUAUCCUUUUAGUUGGAUUACUGGUUGUGAGUUACCGGAACUUCAAGCACAAUGAGUCUUACGCAGAAAAUGAAUUGGAAGGUGGGAAGGAAAAAGAUCUAAAAUGGAAACUCGAGUCUUUCCACCCAGUGAACUUCACUGCAGAGGACGUAUGUAACCUGGAAGAGGACAAUCUGAUUGGAAGUGGAGGCACAGGGAAAGUUUACCGUUUAGAUUUGAAGAGAAAUGGUGGCCCUGUGGCCGUGAAGCAACUAUGGAAGGGAAGUGGAGUGAAGGUUUUCACAGCAGAAAUUGAGAUUUUGAGGAAGAUCAGGCACAGGAAUAUCAUGAAGCUUUAUGCCUGCCUAAAGAAAGGAGGGUCGAGUUUUCUGGUGUUGGAGUACAUGUCCAAUGGUAACCUCUUUCAGGCCCUUCACAGGCAGAUUAAGGAAGGGGUGCCAGAACUGGAUUGGCAUCAACGAUACAAAAUCGCACUGGGAGCAGCAAAAGGCAUUGCUUAUCUACACCAUGAUUGUUCACCGCCUAUCAUUCAUCGAGAUAUUAAAUCAACCAACAUUUUACUUGAUGAGGAGUACGAGCCCAAAAUCGCAGACUUUGGGGUUGCGAAGAUUGCUGACAAUUCUUCUACUGAAUCUUAUUCUAGCUGUUUUGCAGGGACUCAUGGAUACAUUGCACCUGAGCUGGCAUAUACUCUGAAAGUCACUGAAAAGAGUGAUAUAUAUAGUUUUGGCGUGGUUCUGUUAGAAUUAGUUACUGGUCGAAGACCGAUUGAAGAGGAGUAUGGAGAAGGAAAGGAUAUUGUUUAUUGGGUUGGGACUCAUCUCAGUGACCAGGAAAAUGUGCAAAAACUUCUUGACCGGGACAUCGUAUCUGAUCUCGUCCAAGAGGACAUGCUAAAGGUCUUGAAGGUCGCUAUCCUUUGCACCAACAAGCUUCCAACUCCACGCCCUACUAUGAGAGACGUUGUGAAGAUGAUCAUUGACGCUGAUUCUUGCACGCUCAAGUCUCCCGAAAACAAUCCAGAAAAAAAUGUAAAGCCUCUUCUCUAGUUCUUCCCUCUGCUAGUAGUUGCUUGUGUUUUUUCUUUUUUUUUUUCUUUUCUUUUUUUCCUUUUUCCCAUAUGAACAUCAAAGCUAGUCUUUAUUUGCUUUAUGCAUAUUGGCCACAUGUGGAAAACACAUUUGGGUUCUUCUAUGUACAAGUAGAAGCUUCAAUGCUUCCAUGAAAUUGGUUUUGUGAACUACAUAUAGCUGUAGUCUGCUUUGGAGCUUAGAGCUGUUUUUGUUUAUAAAAAUAAAGCUUCUGUUGGAUUCAGGAA